UAUUAUAAUGGUUAAAUGGCAACUUGUUAUUGUUAAUAAUAACAAAACAUUAAAUAUAUGACGCAAACUACUGUGAAUAAGUUGACUUAUUGCCACAAAAGUUUUGAGUUAACUCGCAACAGUCCCCCGGGUUAUUUUUAACCUUGACAGCUGUAGACAGCGGUCAGUACUGGUAGUGUUCUGGUUAGCUUGUCAGGACUUUACUACAGUAUUAGGUUGGCCCACGCAGACAUGGCUGACCCCGAGCUGCUGUUGGACUCCAGUAUUCGAUUCUGGGUGGUGUUACCGAUAGUAAUUAUAACUUUUUUUGUUGGAGUUUUGCGCCAUUAUGUUACUCGACUGAUCCAAAGUGAUAAGAAAGUCGAGUUGGAACACGUGUCUGACAGCCAGGUGUUACUACGUAGCCGUAUACUAAGAGAAAAUGGAAAGUACCUUCCCAAACAGGCAUUUGCCAUGAGAAAACACUAUCUUAACAACCCUGAGACUGGAUUCUUCAAGAAGACCAAGAGAAAAGUGGUUUCUAAAAAUCCUAUGACUGACACCAGCAUGCUGACUGAUAUGAUGAAAGGAAAUCUCACCAACGUCCUGCCGAUGAUCUUAAUAGGUGGAUGGAUCAACUGGGCCUUCUCUGGAUUUGUCACUACUAAGGUCCCCUUUCCACUGACUCUAAGAUUUAAACCCAUGCUGCAGAGAGGAAUUGAACUUGUAUCGCUGGAUGCAUCCUGGGUUAGUUCAGCAUCUUGGUACUUCCUUAAUGUCUUUGGGCUACGAAGCAUGUACUCUCUUAUUCUCGGACAGGACAAUGCGGCAGAUCAGUCCCGAAUUAUGCAGGAUCAAAUGACUGGAGCAGCAAUGGCCAUGCCACCUGAUCCCAACAAAGCCUUCAAGAGUGAAUGGGAGGCUCUGGAGAUUGUCGAACAUAAAUGGACUCUGGAAAACGUUGAAGAUGAACUGAUGUCAAAAGACCUAAAUUUCAGAGGAUUAUUCAGUGACAAGAGGAGUUAUUUCUGAUCACAUCAGUAAGAUUAUGUUGAAUUGUAGUUUGUGCACUGUGAACUCACCACACGUUGGAGAUAUUUAUAGUGGAGCGCUCGGGUGGUGCAGUGGUCUAUUACGUUACCACCGGCCGGGUGUCUACACAGACAUGGUUGGCUACUUCUAAGAGGUGUUGGGGAUGGCUGAAUCACUGUGAUGGAACCGAACCUGUUGUUACCCUGAGCAGAAUAAAGCAGUUAAUAAAAAUUAAAUAAUAAUAAAAAAAAAACAUUAAUAGUUGAAAAUUUUGUUUUAUAAAGAUUAAAAAGUAAGUUUGAAAAUAUUAGCAUCUGAGAGGAGGCAAAUAUGGAAAAUGCUUCAAGAGAACUACAACUGAAUGACAUUUUUUCUACUGAAUGGCUUUUGUCUAUUUUGCUCCACU